AUGCCUUCUUCUUCGACCUCAAGCAGCAACACAGCAAUGGCGGCUGGGCUGCAACCCACUUUACCCUUGCUAAUUGAAGGCCAUGAUUCUGACACUUUGCAUGAUAAAAUUAAAGCACAAAGUAACAGCAGAAAAGACUUCUUAAAAUGGGGAUUACCACUAUACAAAGCAGCACUGGAAGGCAACUGGCCAGAAGCAGAAAACAUUCUACAAAAACACCCAAAUUGGAUCCAAAAGCCAAUAGGAAAAGGAGGGGAAAGGGUUCUUCACAUUGCAGCAGCAGCUAAACGCACACAAUUUGUAAAAAUGCUGGUAAAACUCAUGACUUCAGAUGAUUUGGGCUUAAGAAAUGAUGCACAGAACACUGCUUUUUGUUUGGCUGCUACAUCUGGUGUCGUUGAAAUCGCUCAGGCGAUGCACGAGAUGUAUAAUGAGCUUCCGAAUAUUAGAGGUAGCCAAAAUAUUACGUCUUUGCAAAUGGCGAUCUUGCUUGGGCGCAGGGAUAUGGUCUUGUACCUUCGUGAAGUCACUGAUCGAACAAAAUUGACGGAUGCUGAUCGAAUUGCGAUGCUCACUAGUUCGAUUAACACUAAUCUUUUUGAUGUAGCACUUCUUAUAUUGAGCGAGGAUCCAAAUUUGGCACUUCUUCAUGAUGGGAAGAAAGAAACGACUUUACAUGCCUUGGCUCGGAAGCUCCCAAGGUCUACUGAUUAUCGUAAGCAUAGCGUAUGGAAGACGCUUAUCGGACUAGGAGGUAAGCUAGGUCAUGGAAAGGUCGUGCAACAACCUUUGGAGCUACAACUAGUUCAAAAGCUUUGGGACGAAGUCAUUAAAAAAGAAGAUAAGGAAAUCUCAUACCAUAUCGGAUCUCCAUGGACACUCCUUUUUGUUGCUGCUGAAUAUGGCAAUGUAGAGUUUUUAACAACACUUAUACGUUCCUAUCCUGAUCUAAUCUGGAUAGUCGAUGAAGAGAGUCGUAGCAUUUUUCACAUCGCUAUUAUUAAUCGUCAUGAAGAGAUCUUCAAGCUCAUAUAUGAACUAGGAGCAAUCAAAGACCUCAUAGCAGUUGACAAGGACGGUAAUGGCAAUAAUAUGUUGCAUUUGGCUGCCGGUCUGGCUCCAUCUCAUCGUCUCAAUUGUGUCUCGGGAGCAGCCCUUCAAAUGCAACGAGAGCUUAUGUGGUUUAAGGCAGUAGAAAAGGUUGUAAGUUCGGAGUAUGCUGAAGCCGAGAACAAACAGAAGAAAUCUCCUCGUGUUUUAUUCUCAGAAAAACACGAAAACUUACGAGUUAAGGGUGAAGAAUGGAUGAAACAAACCGCACAAUCAUGUUCCCUAGUCGCAGCUCUUAUCGCAACUGUAGUCUUUGCAGCUGCAUUUACUCUCCCUGGUGGCAUCGACAGUAAAGGAACUCCGGUUUUUGUAAACCGACCAUUGUUUAUAAUCUACGCCAUAUGUAAUGCACUGUCAUUGUUCAGCUCUUCUGCUUCGGUUCUUAUGUUCUUGUCGAUCCUCACUUCACGCUAUGCUGAACACGAUUUCUUUAAGUCAUUGCCGAUAAAAUUGAUUGUGGGACUAACAGGGUUGUUCGUGUCGAUUGUGACUAUGAUGAUCGCCUUCACGGUUACUUUCUUCGUCACAUUUCGUAAAGGGGAGAAAUGGAUUCCUAUUCCUAUGGCUCUGUCUGCUGCUGUUCCUGUUGCUCUAUUUGCUUUCCAACAAUAUCCUUUAUGGAAAGAUAUAUAUUGCUCUACUUAUAGAUCAUUGUAUUUAUUUGAACCAACAAAAUCAAAGCUUUUUGCUGCUUACUCAACUUGAGAGUCGGGUGUUUGGAAGUUAGUUGUUAGCUGGUUGAAUGUUGGUUGUUUGUUUUUUUAGUUGGCUUGUUUGAUCGGUUGAAAUGAUUGGUUUUUUGUUGGCUUUUAAGCUAG